UUUGUUGGCGGACGACUCUCGUCAUUAUUGUUUUAAUUACAAACUUUAAUUUAUUUAUUUGAAUACAUAAUAAUGUCUGCACAAAACGUAAACGUGUGUGAUAUAGGUGACGAUGUUAAGGAAGUAUUGAAGAAAUUCCGUUUUCAAAAGCACAGCAACAAUUCGGCACUAAUAUUAAAGGUGAACAGAGAGAAGCAGGCGCUGGAAGUGGAUGAAGAAUUGGAGAAUGUUGAGUUAGAAGAACUGCAAGAUAUACUACCUUCGCACCAGCCCCGAUUUAUUGUAUAUAGUUAUAAGAUGGAGCACAACGAUGGCAGGACAUCCUUCCCAAUGUGUUUUAUAUUCUACACGCCCAGAGACGCACAUAUGGAACUGCAGGUUAUGUACGCGGGAACACAGAGGGCGCUAGCGGCGGCGGUAGGAGCUCCCCGCCUACUAGAAGUGAGAGAGAUAGACGAAUUGACCGCAGAUUGGUUGAACGAGAAACUAAAUAGAUAGAAUAAGAAUAAAUAUAUACAGCCAACAAUGAAGUGGUAUCUAUAUUGUAAAAAUUAAAAAAAAAACUAUAUUACUAUGAUUAAAAGUUCUAACUGGCCAGUGUCUAUGUUAGGCGCGUUACAAGGAAAAUUCUUAAUUUAAAUUCCAGAUCUUUCUUUCGAAUUCGAACGACUUUUACUCUUCCAUUUUUUAUUUAAAAAUGGCAGUUGUCUAUGUCAAUAACAGGACCAAUUCUAAAUUUAAAUAGAGUAAGAAAAAUAA